CGUCGAGUCACUCUGCGCGCUCAUUGGCCCGCUCCCGUCACGUGGUGAGGGGACAGCGGAAGCAGAGGACUCCGCAGCAGAAAAGAAGGAUCACUUCCAGCCGUCAGGAUGCAGAGCACUACCAACUACCUGUGGCUGAUCUCAGACCUGCUGGGUCAGGGAGCCACGGCCAACGUAUACCGCGGCAGACACAAGAAAACCGGAGACCUCUACGCCGUCAAAGUCUUCAACAACCUGAGCUUCCUGCGGCCGCUGGACGUCCAGAUGAGAGAGUUCGAGGUCCUGAAGAAACUCAACCACAAGAACAUCGUCAAGCUCUUCGCUGUGGAGGAGGAGUCCAACACCCGUCACAAGGUCCUGGUGAUGGAGUACUGUCCCUGUGGGAGCCUCUACACCGUGUUAGAGGAGUCCUCCAACGCAUACGGACUCCCGGAGGACGAGUUCCUCAUCGUCCUGCACGACGUCGUGGCAGGUAUGAACCACCUGAGAGAGUACGGCAUCGUUCACCGCGACAUCAAACCGGGAAACAUCAUGCGUGUGAUCGGAGAAGAAGGACGCUCCAUCUACAAACUGACCGACUUCGGAGCCGCCAGAGAGCUGGAGGACGACGAGCAGUUUGUGUCUCUGUACGGCACCGAGGAGUACCUGCACCCCGACAUGUACGAGCGAGCCGUCCUGAGGAAAGACCACCAGAAGAAGUACGGAGCCACGGUGGACCUGUGGAGCAUCGGGGUCACCUUCUACCACGCCGCCACCGGCAGCCUGCCCUUCAGACCGUUUGAGGGGCCGCGCCGCAACAAGGAGGUCAUGUAUAAAAUCAUCACAGAGAAACCGUCCGGGACGAUCUCCGGACACCAGAAGUGUGAGAACGGGAAGAUCGAGUGGAGCACCGAGAUGCCCGUUUCCUGCAGCCUGUCCAAGGGUCUCCAGAGUCUCCUCACUCCGGUCCUCGCCAACAUCCUGGAGGCGGAUCAGGAGAAGUGUUGGGGCUUCGACCAGUUCUUCGCCGAGACCAACGACAUCCUCCACCGGACCGUCGUCUACGCGUUCAGUCUGCAGCAGGCGGCGCUGCACACCGUCUACAUCCACGAGUACAACACGGCGGCGCUGUUCCAGGAGCUGAUGUCCCGACGGACCAGCAUCCCGCUGCACAACCAGGAGCUGCUGUACGAAGGCCGCCGACUGGUCCUGGACCCGAACCGCCAGGCCCAGAACUUCCCCAAGACCUCCAGAGACAAUCCCAUCAUGCUCGUCAGCCGCGAGUCCGUCGCCACCGUGGGGCUCAUCUUCGAGGACCCCAGUCCUCCUAAAGUUCAGCCUCGCUACGACCUCGACCUCGACGCCAGCUACGCAAAGACGUUUGCCGGAGACGUUGGACAUCUGUGGAAGACCUCGGAGUCUCUGCUGGUCUAUCAGGAGCUGGUUCGUAAAGGAGUGCGAGGUUUGAUCGAGCUGAUGAAGGAGGACUACAGUGAAAUUCUUCACAAGAAGUCUGAGGUUUUCCACCUGUGUAACUUCUGCACUCAGAUCCUGGAGAAGACGGAGCAGCUGUUCGAGGUGCUGAUGCAGGCCAACAUGAUGUCAUCAGAGUACGACGAGAUCUCCGACAUGCACAAGAAAGUCCUCAGAAUCUCCAGCUCUCUGGAGGCGAUCGAACGAACGUCACAAGACAUCAAGAGUAAGUUCAUCUCCGGAGGGGUACUGACCGAGGGCUGGAUACAAGUGGUGGGGACGCACCCCGAGGACAGGAAUGUGGAGAAAAUCAAAGUGCUGCUGGACGCCAUCACAGCCAUCUACCAACAGUUCAAGAAGGACAAAGCUGAGAGACGUCUGCCGUACAACGAAGAACAGAUCCACAAGUUUGAUAAGCAGAAGUUGGUGCUUCACGCCAGUAAAGCCCGCUCUUUGUUCACGGAGGAGUGUGCCAUGAAGUACCGCCUCUUCAUCUCAAAGAGUGAGGAGUGGCUCAGGAAGGUUCAUCACGUGAAGAAGCAGCUGAUCGGUCUGUCGGGUCAGCUGAUCGGCAUCGAGAAGGAGGUGACCAUGCUGCUGGAGAGAGCCAUCAAGCUGCAGGAACAGCUGCCUCAGAAGGUUCUUCCUCUGGUGUCCAGUGGGAUGAAGCCUCAGGCCUACCUGAGUCAGAACACACUGGUGGAGAUGACACUGGGGAUGAAGAAGCUGAAGGAGGAGAUGGAGGGAGUCGUCAAAGAGCUGGCUGAGAACAACCACUUCUUAGAGAGAUUCGGGACUCUGACACUGGACGGAGGUCUGAGGGGUUAAAGGUCAGACGGAUCUGAGACUCACUGCGUCGUCUUCUUCUUCUUCUUCUUCUUCUUCUUCUUCUUCUUCUUCUGUGGUUUUGUAAAUACUCUGAAUGUUUAUGGUGUAAAUAGUGUGAAGCUGUACGGUGAGGCCUCUGUCUGUGGAUGAACUCACUGUUACUCUCCCACAGACCGUGAGGAACACGGUACAGAUAUUUUUACCUGAAGAUCAGUGAAGGAACUGUGCAACAGAAACCCCUUAAAUAAACUAUUCAUCCUUAUCUUACCCCUGAAAGCUCAGCAAACACAUUAAUGUUUGGGAGAAGAAACCCCUUAAAGUGUCACACAGUCAGAAGACUAAACCCCUUAAAAACACCUUAAGGGAACAUAGUUUUCCCCUUAAUUAAACGUUAACGUGGAAUAUUUGACGAAUCAAUUAAUGAUCAGUUUAAGGUGUUAUGAAGGUUCAGGGAUUUUGGUUUAUGUUUAGUGAUUCAUGAAACUAUAAUUCAUUCAUUUAGAGAUGUAGGGAUUAUUAGAAGAUGGAGACCCUUGAAAAAUAAUUAAGUUGAGGGGCUCCCCACAAAUUCUGGCUCACUAAUGGAUCAAUUAAAAUAAUAUAAUAAUUUAAUUUAAAAAACAAUUGAGAUUUAAGGUGAUUUUGAUGGUUAACCCUUUAAAAUAUGGUUUUCAUUCUUGAUAAACCCUUAAACUGUGGAGAUAAUCAAUUUAGAAUGACUCAUUUUAAGGCACAAAUUAAGGGGGGUGUUUGUGUUUUAGGGGCAAAAUAAGGAUAAGUUAAGUGUAUUUUUGGGGACAUUAAGGUGUUUUGUUGGGUUUUCUGCAUGAAUUAAAACAGUUCUGAGGUAGAACCCCUUAUAAUGAACAGAGUAAAGUCAGAGGCCCUUUAUGAACCUUAAAUUAAAUGAAAGGUCUUAAAAUUUGAUCAAUAAUAACAAUACAAACCUGAAUUGUUAUUGUAUAAUUGAGGGAUAACUUUCAUGUUACUUUAUGCAUCUUAAGGGGUUUAAACUCAUAAAAUCCCUAUAACUCUGCAGAUAAGAUCUAUUGAAAAUACCCACAUGUACAAACUUAUAUACCCUUUAAGUCUCUUUAAAAUACCUUAAUUACUUUCCUAUUAAUGGGUAAACGGAUGGAAUUUCAAAGUGAGAAUUUUAAGGGAUUGAGUUAAGAAAAUGCUGAUUCCAUUUUUUUUAUAUUGUUCUUAAAGGCCGAUCAUGUAUCAAUCGAGUUCCCUGUUAGCGUGUCAUAUAUCAAUAAGUUGCUGAUCAGUCAGUUUUAACAUGAAGAAGACACCUCUACACUUUCAUCGGUCCACCUUCACCUUCAUCUGUUCUCAUGAAGAUGUUUUGUUUUGUUAUUAAUCUGCAUUCAAAAUGCUCAAAUAUUGUUUAAAAAACUUGUAAAUAAAUAAAUAAAUAUGUUAAAG